AUGGAAACGGGAAGAGGACGUCAUGCUAGUACCCUGAUCCCAGACAGAAGAGAACGGAUCAGCUCGCGCCUGAUCCCAAACGAGAAGGUGGAGCUGACCACCUUCCUCAAGAACAAUAACGACAUGUUCGCGUGGUUGCCAUGUGACAUGCUCGACAUCGACCCGAACAUCAUCUGCCACCAGCUCCAUGUCAACCCUGCCAAUAAGCUAGUGAAGCAGAAGUGA